AGCGUGUUCUUUGUCGUUACUGUACUUGUAGCUGCUUGCAGUCCGCUUCAAUAACAUCACUCGCCGCUCUACUAGCGUGGCUUACCUCUAAGGUCAGCCAAUUUUCCUGUGUUUCUCUCUGGAUUGUGUCGACACUUCUUCUGACAACGUAAAGAAUAAGAAACAGCAUGGAGGAAGAGGAGCACUUUGUGAACAUAGACUUGAACGAUGACAACAUCUGCAGCAUCUGUAAACUAGAGACGGACACAGGAACGCUUUCCUUCUGCCAUGUGUGCUUUGAACUGAGCAUAGAGGGUGUAUCCAGUGCCACCCUGCUGCACUCCAAAUCUUUACGUGGACAUAGAGACUGCUUCGAAAAGUACCAUCUCAUCGCCAACCAAAAGCUCUCCCACGCCAAGUCCUCCCACAGCGCGUACGAGGGCGUGAAGCGGGCUCUGAGCCAGCGAAUCAACCGCAUGAUACAGUAUGCCCAGAACAAAGACUCCAUAACUGCUGAGACACCCGGGCGCUGGGGGGCCAAACAGAUUCUGUGUCACACUCAGCAGGGCGGCAGGAAACUCGUGCCCCAGUCCGAUGCCCAGGUUCCCCGUUACGCCCCACGGUGGGCGGAAGAGGCGAUGAUGGUGGAGUCAGAGUAUGGGAAAACCAUGCUGGACUGUCACUCUGCUGAGGAGCUCGGUCUCGGCCUGCUGCAGGGAUCACGCCAGGCACUGUGGGCUGGAGAGAGACACCACCCACGAGAACCGAACCGAGAGCAGAGAGACACAGCCAGACAGAGAAGACACAGUCGAGAAGAGCUGGUGAGGAUGAGUGUGGAGGAGCUUCGGCAGCUGAACGAGCAGCUACUGCUACAGAUACAAAAUGUGUUUGAGGAGCUGUCUGUAGCUGUGCAGGAGAAGGACUCUCUUUCUUCAGAGCUUCAUGUUCGGCACAUAGCCAUCGAGCAACUCUUUAAAAACUGUGCCAAGCUGCCGUGGCUCCAGAUCGGCCGAGCGGGGGUCAAAGCUAGCAACAACCCAGUGGAAUGAGCGCUUGUUUGGGAAAGACCAGAAAGAAAUCUUCUUCAGCUUCAAGCAGACUCUCAUGGACGCUUAAGUGGACCGGAAAUGCACAACACUGUGCUAAUGAGGUUUAAAGUUGCCUCGCUCUAAAAAGUGGCGUCCGAAUUUUCAGCAAAAACUGGACUUUGAAAGCAAAAGUGUCUGAAAGUGUUUCAAUGCAGAAUGAGGUGUUUAUGAAACCAUACGAACACUCGUGGUUCCAUUCAUACAUGUUAGUUUUUAUCUUCAUAUCACUGUUUACUCUGGGUGAGUCUGGCGCUGUUCCUCCUGCACGUUCAGGCUUGCUGAUUGGCUGUGGUGUUGCUGUGGUAACUGUUGCUUAGUUAACAGUUUCCCCUCCCUCUGCUCAUUGCAGUGGAACUUGUUCAUGAUGAUAGCUGUUCCAUUACUCCAAGCAGCCACAUUUCUCCUGUUGUGCUGAAGUUCAGCAUAAGCGCUUUAGUGAAAGUUUACAUUUCUUUUGUUGUUGCACUCUUAAAACUGUUCUGACAUUUCAUAGGUGCUUCUUCCCCAUCACAAUGUUUCACAGGUUAUGAUUAAGAACGGAUGUGAAAGUUUUUAGAUGGUAUAGAUUGGUCUUUCACAAAUGUUAAGCACAGGCCUAACUUUGAUUUAGGCUUAACUCGGUGCUGGGAUUAAUGUUGGAGAUAUAAGAAUGCUCAACCAAAGCCUUUGUUACCUCAUGGUAACGAUUCAGUAUUUAUUUUGUUAGGACAAUUAUUUGCGUGUUACAAAUAUUUAAAAUUGAAUGAGCUUUUUUUAAUGUGUGGUUUUCUCUUCUGUAGUGUGCAGAGGCUUUUUUCCUUGUGCUGUUACAGGUUUCUUGUAUUUCGGGUCAAUGCAUAAAUUGAAAGAAUAGUCAGGGCGAAGUGAGUUUUACCCAGCUGCCUUUGAUUUGAGAUCAGACUGUGUUGCCAUCUGGUGGACAUUCAGAGAAUCCCGUCCACCUGCUGCCCUGAUGUCUGCAUGGUUAAGUGUAAUUUCUCUAGAAGAAUCUUUAAAAAAAGAAAAUUUUAAGAAAUCAGCUAGGACUUCUCAAUUCUGUUCUCUUUAUAAGAGAUACUUAUUCGACUGACCCCUCUGGGGUUUCUAAGAGUGUUUUAUUUUAUAUGAGUGUAUUUUGUCAUUUGUAAUGCUCUGAAAGAUCAAGUCAGCAGACUAGUAAUAAUGGUUAAAUUCUGGAAAAGAAGCAAUAUGUGUCUGACGUUUUGUUUGCUUUCUUGUGAAACGUUUGAAUCUUUCGUUUAUGGUUCAUUCUGUGAUUUGACAUACAGAAGGUUGGAGUUACUGAAAUAAUGAAGCACACUUCCCAAAUGUUUGUUUGCUGUGGAAAUACUGAAUGAGUUGGAUGAGUUUCAUGUUUGUUUUGACUGUGGUUGUAGAUGUAGACCGUGUGUUCAAAUGUUAACUUGAUUAUGCUGGUGUCAUUGAUGUCUUAUUCAUUUUCUCUUAUGUUUAUUCAUUGCUUGUCUUAUUAUUUUCCUUUUUAAUUUUUUAAUUGUGUUGUGACAUUCAAGUGGUUUAUGCAAUACUGUUUGUUAGUGGAUCUUCCCAUCAGUUUAGAAGAUUUCUGAAUGCUUUUGUUUGGAGUGAUGUGCACAUUUUUCUUUUUAGGGAAUGAUUUAAUAAAAGUAUUUUUCCU